ACGUAAGCUUUUGAAUAAAGAGGCUUAGAAAAUGGGGUUGUUUGAUCGGUUGGCCUGCAUAUUAGGCCUGAGGAAAAAAGAAGUAAACGUAUUAGUUGUGGGACUUAAUAACAGUGGUAAGUCGACGGUUAUAAAUCAUUUCAAACGUGAGGAAGAGCAGUGCGUCGAUAUUGUGCCUACUGUCGGGUUCAAUGUCGAAAAGUUCGCAUUCAAAAAUGUGAGCUUUACCGCAUUCGAUAUGUCUGGUCACGACCGCUAUAGAUCGCUAUGGGAACAUUAUUACAAGGAUUGCCAAGGAAUUAUAUUUCUGAUAGACAGUAGCGAUAAACUACGUUUGGUCGUUGCAAAAGAAGAAUUAGAUAUGCUACUGCAACAUCCAGAUAUCACUGGUCGCAAGAUUCCCAUUUUAUUUUUAGCUAAUAAAAUGGAUCUGCCAGAUUCUCUUACUACUGUAAAACUUGUCGCUGGAUUGGGACUUGACAGAAUUCUCGACAAGCCCUGGCAUAUUAGGGCAACGAAUGCCGUCAAUGGGGAAGGAUUACAACCCGCUAUCGAAUGGCUUACUGAUCAAAUCAGAGAUAUUUACAUAAAUAAGAGAUAACACUUUGUAAAAAUCUAUACUGCUGCUGCUGUCAUUCAGUCCUCAAUCGGUUUUGUUCACCACGAAUUUUUAUCACAUUACGCUAAGGGUAUAAUUAUACAUAGUGUAUAUUCAUAAGCAUAAGCAAGCUAUGAGAAUUAAGUAAAUUAUAAUUCACAAGUUCAUUGCAAUUAGACUACCUCAUUUUAGAGACAAUUAUUCGCAACUGCAUGCAAUGAAAGUCGGGUUUUCAUUGAUCUUGUCUAUCUACUUGUUAUUCUGACAGGCUCAAAUUUGCGUUAUUGUAAAUCAUAAUGUUAACACGUACAAUUAACUGUACAAUUAACUACGAAUCCGUCCAGAAUAUCUUAAGAUCGUUAUCUAUUCAUUUAUAUACAUAUAUUUGCAUGUAGUACAUAGAUAUACAUGUAAUUUACUUUGUAAUUAAAGAUUACAAUAUUAUUGUAUGUAUUUUACAAGUGAUACAAAUAACCGUAAUAUUCUUCCUAAAGCUCAUUACUAGUCCGAUA